UUCAGAGCUUUGUUGAGAUGGAAGCCAAAAGAUGUUCAUCCGCCAUCUUCCUUGUGGGUAUCAAUCUACUUUUCUUCACUUUAGUGAGUGGAUGCUACACUUGUGUUCACCCAAGACCAAGUGGUUCUCCUCCCACCAAAAGGAGCUGCCCUAGAGAUGCUCUGAAGCUAGGGGUUUGUGCCAAGGUGCUGAAUGGAACAGUUGCUGGAGUAGUGGUGGGGAACCCUCCAGAUACUCAGUGCUGCUCAGCGCUAGGGGGACUUGUGGAUUUGGAAGCUGCAGUGUGUCUUUGCACUGCCAUUAAAGCUAAUGUUCUUGGCAUUAACAUUGAUAUUCCCAUUGCAUUGAGUUUGCUUAUCAACACUUGUGGGAAGAACCUACCUUCUGACUUCAUUUGUGCUUAACCAAUGUUUUCUAGUUAAUUUCAACAAAUUAACUCUGCUGGAAUGUAGCCUUUUUUUCUCCCAUUCAGUAACUUUAUAAUUUUCCUAAUUGGACAAUUGUUCCAUUAACUGUUACUAUGAGACAAUUACAAUAUUUGUCAUUGUAAUUUCAAA